AUGGGUGAGCUAUGGAACACAAAUAAACUACCACAUUUCAACAUAUUUUAUCAAAAGGGUACUAAUCACAGUGGUGGUGUUUGUAUAGCAGUAGGAAAACAUCUAAAGGCAUCACACGUCGAGACAGAUAUACCAAAUACAGUAGUUAUUGAUAUUACAGGACUCUCGGAGCCAGUACGUAUCAUAGGAAUUUAUUGGCCAAAUAGUCAAAAACGUAAUCUGGACGACAUUCUUCCAUUUAUAGUGGAAGGUACCAUUCUCACUGGUGAUUUUAAUGCAACAGUGAGAGAAUGGAACAGUCCUGUGACAGAUAAGAGAGGACUAGUACUUAAAGAUUGGAUUGAAGAGAAUAACCUCAAAUAUAUUCCGUCGACAUGA